GAGGCUGUAGUCAGGGCCGGGCCGAGAUGGCGGAAGAGGAGGUGGCCAAGUUGGAGAAGCAUUUGAUGCUUCUUCGACAAGAGUAUGUCAAGUUGCAGAAGAAACUGGCAGAGACGGAAAAAAGAUGCACGCUUUUGGCUGCACAGGCAAACAAGGAGAGUAGCAGUGAGUCCUUCAUCAGCCGCUUGCUGGCAAUAGUGGCAGGUCUCUAUGAGCAGGAGCAGUACAGUGACUUGAAGAUCAAGGUUGGGGAUAGGUACAUCAGUGCUCACAAGUUUGUCCUGGCUGCCCGAAGUGAUAGCUGGAGUCUGGCCAACUUGUCUUCCACGGAGGAGCUAGACUUGUCAGAUGCGAAUCCUGAGGUGACAAUGACCAUGCUUCGCUGGAUCUAUACUGAUGAGUUAGAGUUCAGAGAGGAUGAUGUGUUCCUGACUGAGUUGAUGAAACUGGCCAAUCGCUUUCAGCUCCAGCUCCUUAGGGAGAGAUGUGAGAAGGGUGUUAUGUCUUUGGUGAAUGUUAGGAACUGUAUUCGCUUCUACCAAACUGCAGAGGAAUUAAAUGCCAGCACACUGAUGAACUAUUGUGCAGAAAUUAUUGCAAGUCAUUGGGAUGACUUGCGAAAAGAAGACUUCAGUAGUAUGAGUGCUCAGUUGUUAUACAAAAUGAUCAAAUCCAAGACAGAAUACCCAUUACAUAAAGCUAUUAAAGUGGAGAGAGAAGAUGUGGUCUUCCUCUAUUUGAUUGAAAUGGAUUCCCAGCUCCCUGGGAAGCUGAAUGAAGUGGAUCACAAUGGAGAUCUUGCAUUAGACCUGGCUCUUUCACGGCGACUAGAGAGUAUUGCCACCACUCUGGUUAGUCAUAAAGCUGAUGUGGACAUGGUAGACAAGAAUGGCUGGAGCUUGUUACAUAAAGGAAUCCAAAGAGGAGAUCUCUUUGCUUCUACAUUCCUCAUUAAGAACGGGGCCCUUGUCAAUGCUGCCACAUUGGGAGCCCAAGAGACCCCGUUACACCUUGUAGCAUUGUAUAGUUCAAAGAAAUACUCAGCAGAUGUGAUGUCUGAGAUGGCGCAGAUUGCGGAGGCUCUCCUGCAAGCUGGUGCUAACCCCAACAUGCAGGAUAGCAAGGGCAGGACUCCUUUACACUUGUCCAUCAUGGCCAGGAAUGAAUAUGUGUUCAAUCAGCUGCUGCAGUGUAAACAAUUAGACUUAGAGCUGAAAGAUCACGAGGGCAGCACUGCACUCUGGCUUGCUGUCCAGUACAUCACCGUGUCUUCUGGCCAGUCUGUAAACCCUUUUGAAGACCUCCCUGUGGUGAAUGGGACAUCAUUUGAUGAAAACAGCUUUGCAGCCAGGCUCAUUCAACGUGGCAGCAACACUGAUGCUCCAGAUGCACUGACGGGAAAUUGUCUGCUACAGAGGGCAGCUGGGGCAGGAAAUGAGGCUGCAGCUCUUUUCCUAGCAACUAGUGGUGCCCAUGCCAACCACAGGAACAAAUGGGGAGAAACUCCUUUGCAUACCGCUUGUCGGCAUGGCCUGGCCAACCUCACAGCAGAGCUCCUGCAACAAGGUGCCAAUCCAAACCUGCAAACAGAGGAGGCUCUGCCUGUGCCUAAAGAGACUCCAGUCCUAAUGGGUUCUGCAGAUGGCAUCUACCUGCAGACACCGUUGCAUAUGGCAAUUGCUUAUAACCAUCCAGAUGUGGUGUCUGUCAUCCUGGAACAGAAAGCCAAUGCUCUUCAUGCCACAAACAAUUUACAAAUUAUUCCGGACUUCAGCCUCAAGGAUUCUAGAGACCAAACUGUGCUAGGCCUGGCAUUAUGGACUGGCAUGCACACAAUUGCUGCCCAACUUCUGGGCUCUGGCGCAUCUAUCAAUGACACCAUGUCGGAUGGGCAGACUUUGCUGCACAUGGCCAUAAGGCGGCAGGACAGCAAGAGUGCACUCUUCCUCCUGGAGCACCAAGCCGAUAUAAACGUCAGGACUCAGGAUGGGGAGACUGCCCUUCAGCUGGCCAUCAAAAAUCAGCUUCCACUAGUAGUGGAUGCCAUAUGUACCCGAGGAGCUGACAUGUCUGUGCCAGAUGAAAAAGGGAACCCACCACUAUGGCUUGCCUUGGCAAAUAAUCUGGAGGACAUUGCUUCCACUCUGGUCAGACAUGGUUGUGAUGCCACGUGCUGGGGUCCAGGACCCAGUGGUUGUCUUCAGACACUUCUACACAGAGCCAUUGAUGAAAACAAUGAGUCCACUGCCUGCUUUCUUAUUCGCAGUGGCUGUGAUGUGAAUAGUCCCAGACAACCGGGUACUGAUGGAGAAGGAGAAGAGGAGGCAAGGGAUGGGCAGACCCCCCUGCAUUUGGCGGCCUCAUGGGGACUAGAAGAGACAAUUCAAUGUCUUUUGGAGUUCGGUGCCAAUGUCAACGCACAGGAUGCAGAAGGAAGAACACCUGUCCAUGUGGCCAUCAGCAACCAACAUAGUGUCAUCAUUCAGCUGUUGAUUUCUCACCCUAACAUUGAGUUGAGUGUACGAGACAGACAGGGGCUAACCCCUUUCGCCUGUGCCAUGACUUACAAGAACAACAAGGCAGCCGAGGCCAUUCUGAAACGAGAGUCUGGGGCUGCUGAGCAGGUAGAUAAUAAAGGUCGGAAUUUUCUCCAUGUGGCAGUUCAGAACUCUGACAUCGAAAGUGUUUUGUUCCUGAUCAGUGUCCAAGCCAAUGUGAACUCUAGAGUCCAGGAUGCUUCCAAGUUGACCCCUCUGCACCUUGCUGUUCAAGCAGGGUCAGAAAUCAUCGUCCGAAAUCUGCUUCUUGCAGGAGCCAAGGUGAAUGAAUUAACCAAGCAUCGUCAGACUGCCCUCCAUCUUGCUGCCCAGCAGGACCUGCCCACCAUCUGCUCAGUCCUCCUAGAGAAUGGAGUGGACUUUGCUGCUGUGGAUGAAAACGGAAAUAAUGCUCUUCAUCUUGCGGUCAUGCAUGGUCGGCUCAACAACAUCCGAGCUCUUCUGACAGAGUGUACAGUGGAUGCUGAAGCCUUUAAUCUGAGAGGCCAGUCACCACUACACAUUCUGGGACAAUAUGGCAAAGAGAACGCAGCAGCCAUCUUUGAUCUCUUUUUAGAGUGCAUGCCUGAGUAUCCUUUGGACAAACCAGAUGCAGAAGGCAACACAGUGCUGCUCUUAGCUUAUAUGAAAGGAAAUGCCAACUUGUGCCGUGCCAUUGUUCGGUCUGGGGCUCGCCUUGGGGUGAAUAAUAACCAAGGAGUCAACAUUUUCAAUUACCAGGUUGCCACGAAGCAGCUUCUGUUUAGAUUAUUAGAUAUGCUCUCCAAGGAGCCUCCAUGGUGUGACGGCUCCAACUGCUAUGAGUGCACUGCCAAGUUUGGAGUCACAACUCGUAAACAUCACUGUCGUCAUUGCGGCCGUCUUCUUUGCCAUAAAUGCUCAACCAAGGAGAUUCCUAUUAUAAAGUUUGACCUGAACAAGCCUGUGCGGGUUUGCAACAUUUGCUUUGAUGUACUGACUCUGGGCGGAGUCUCUUAGUGAGCCCCCAGGAGGGUCCAGGCCUGUGUCCCCCUGGCACCUCCCCAGCAGCUGCUCUACUCACCAGCCUGCCUCCUACCCAGAGCAAGAGCAGGCAGUUGUCUUCCUGCGGCAGAAGACUGGAAUAAUUACAGGCCAUGGUGUGACCCCAUUUCAGAUGAUUCUAUAUGACUGUCAGACUGUGGUCUAGUGCACUAGAUGUCUCACUGGUUGGACCAGGCCAGUAUAGCCUGUGUGACAAUUGUGAUAGGAAUCAGCUAGCAGCACACAAGGACAUUUGAAGACAAUUUUCCCUUUUGGUAGUAUAGCAUCCAUCUCAGAGAAUUCACAAAGUCUUCCUGCCUGGGAUGAAUUAGAGGCAGAGCCUGACAAAGUAGAGCCACAGCUGCUACAUGAGAGCUAUUACUCCAGGGUGGUGGCUGCUCUAAGUGGCUAUGACCUUUAAUGCACAGUGUUUUCAUGAAGAUAAUAGGAACCUCUUGCCCUCAAGUCUUUUCUUUCUUUUUAAAGCUAAGCUGUAUUUUUUAGUGAGCUGUCCCUUUUGAAAAGGUGAAAUCUUUCUAAACAGGGUUCAAAGAUGAGAGCUGAAAAAUUGUGGCCUUAAACAACCUAAAGCUUUACCAAUGUUGAUGCUGCUGGGGGUCAGUGCAGUGGCAGCUUGACACCUAGCAGCUGUCUCACUCUCUCGUCGUGCUGCGUCCUGUCUAUGGAGUCCUCAGUCGCUGCCACUUGAGUGGUAGAAGAAAUGCACUUUGACUGUGCUGCACUUUUUCUAAAGCUGCAUCAUUGGUGAAUCCAAUUCAAAAAUACCUUCACAUACCCUUCUAUCAGUGGUUCUGAUGGCCAGCUUGGACUGAACCUCAGCACACACUAAUCAUAAAGGGAAAACUGCCAAGAAGGAAGAAAUUCAUACUCCCUGACACGUCCUUCCUGCUAAAACCUUGCCUUGCAUGCCAAGUGCUGUUGGUGCCCUGCCCCAUCAGAGCCAGCAGCCAAAGGCCCUGGCCAAGCUAAAAGCAGCCUGCUGUAUAAGACUGGCUGAAACAUGGAUGAAGCAAGGCUCUGAAGCACAGGGCUUGGGUUCCUGCUGCUGCCUGUACUAACCCUGGGAUGCUGGGCCUCUUCCUUUUUAAAGUUGGGCCGGUGUUUUGGGUUUCUGGUUUGGAAUUUUAAUUUUUUAAAUUUUAUUUUAUUGCACACUGAAAGAGAAACUUUUUUUUUUAAGGAAACAAUGCUAUGAGAUGAACACUAUCUAAUUACAUUCAAGAAAUUAACAGUGUCAAUCACACAUAUUGAUUUUUUUUGAGACAUUUGAUAGCUUAUAUGAUUUGCAUUAAUGGAGUAUAGAUGAAUGAAUAAAAGGGACUUCUUUUGGCAUCACCUUCUUUCUUGGAUAGUGGUAUGUCCUCUGUGUGUAGAGUUAAACUUUUUACUGCCUAAAUAUGUAUAAAAUGUGCUGAUAAACCAGUGUGCUACUUUCUAAGAUACUUGUGUGAUUUAUAUGUUAAUAUUAGCCUAUAUGCAGAGUUUGAAAGGAAGAGUUACUUAGAGGAGUGCCGCUGUCUCCAGCCUCUGACUUGUGUCAUGGAAACAUUUAGCUAGUCUUAGCCAACAACUAUAUGAAUCAUGUGGUCAGUUUCUAAUUUUCAUUGCCUAAAAGGGUCACACAGACCUAGAAUUUAGUUGGUACCAUGAUUCUUUAAUGAGGAAGGUUAAUUACGGUUCUGCUAUGAACCAAGGUGAUCGGUACACAUACACUUGUUUUUCACGUUCACAAUGAAGAGGGGAAAAUAGGGAAUCAGGAUAAAGCUGAUCAUUUUGUCCUUGCCCUACACUCAGUAACAAUCUUGCCUAUAACUGUACUUACAAUCUGAAGAUCAUUCCUAAAAGUUGGUUUCGACCUUCUGUUCCUUCAGAGGUCAGCACAGUGACCAGCUAUGGCUGCGAGAAGCUGUGUGCCUUCGCCAUUGGUACCCAUGCUGUAGGUAUGUAUGGCUCAGGCACCCUUCCACAGCCCAACCAUGCUGUGUUCCCUGUGCUGCACUCCUGCUCUGCACUGCCCUGGCCUGUAUCUCUCCUGUGCUCUGUCCAUGCUGACCAGACUUCACCAUGAAACUGCUUAGCUGUUCUUGUUCAGUUUUAAUCAGUACCCUGAGAACUAGCAGCAAAACAUUUUAUUCACUCAAAAAGUUGCCAGCUGUGAAUGAGCAGAGCAGGAAGAAUAAACUUUACUGAAACAUAAUUUCUGUGUCAGUUAGCACUACUGUGCUUACCUAGUUUUUUAACUGCCUCUUACUGUACAGUGUAUUAUUAAGGGUUUUUUGUUUGUUUGUUUUAAAGACAGGUACAAAACAUGUGCUUGAAACUAAUUUGCUAUGAUCCUCUAACACAGCGAUGUCCCACAAGCUUAAGUGCCUACACUGAGGACGCCUUUGUUUCCAGUUAUCUUUUCACUGGUGUCUCACUCAGUGAUGUGUUAGAACACAAGUUUUGGGCCUAUUCCACCCCAAUAACCAAUUCAGUCAAGGCUGAAUAUUCACUGCUCAGUUCGGCUGCCAUAUUCUCUCCAAGCAGUGGGGUCCAUGUGAUGUUUCAUCCUCUACCUCAGAGCCCUGAGUUGUUUCUGACUACCUGUCAGCUUCCCUUUCCUUGAAUGGGUCUUUCAGAGAACUGGGUGUGUGUGUUCUCACUGCGCUUCCCAGUUCGUGCCUGGCCCCCAUACUGAACUGUUCCAGCACUAGUCUUAUUUGCAGAGAGGGGGUGGGGGUGCAAAGCCUCCAUCUAGGAUGAUUUCCUUACCUGGAAAAAGGAACGUGGCUGAACUGCCCCAUACUUAGGCCUGAGAGACAGCGACAGCAUCAUGUACAAGUAAAAAGUUUGCCUCCCUCACAGACACUGGCUUCCUUCAGGACCAGCCCCCUAGAGCCACCUGAAGCUCCCAGCUCCCCUGUGGGCCCAGCAGAGGAAGCAGCACAGCACAGGCCUUCGAGCUGUGUUCACUUUACAGAACUGACGGAAUGAAAAACUGAGUGUGUGGCUGGUUCACUAAAUAUAGUAAAUUCCCAGAUAUCAUAGAUGCCUUAAAGACUUUGUCUGGAGGACCACUGCCUAUACAGUCCUCUUUGGUGUGGCAUAAGUAAUAUAUUAACUGUUAUGACUAACAACAUUGGUUUUCUAUAGCAAGGGAGUCUGGGGACUACUGGACUUAAUGACUUGCCUGUUUGGCAGCCAUGUGGAGCUGGGUGUUCUGUGACAUCCUUGUGGUACCAAGAACAAGGCAGCAGCUGGGCCUUUAAAACUGCAGGCACAUGUUUGGAUAGUUCAUUUUGGCUUCCAAACCACUCUGGUGGUGCUCAGUGUGGGAGUGACAGCAUCAUCUGGGACCGUGGCGCUUAGCAGCAUUGUUUCUUUGAAGUCUGUAAUGGAAUGUAUUUUUCAAAUACUGGUAUUUUCAUUUUCUGUAAUAAUCCUUAUAAUAAAAAUAAGGUAAAAUUGUGAAUUUUAA